UUAAUGAACAUGUAGACAUGCCUUGUGAGUACGUUUUAUUUGCAUUGUGAGUUCAGGGCUUUGCUCUCACUGGUGCUGUGCACACACUUUAUGGAAAGACAGUGGCUGGCCCUGAAAGCUGACAGCCUAUGUGUGUGGGAGACCUUGGGUGGAGAGAACAAACAGAUGUGGGGAGUGCAAGGGGGCAGCAACAAUAAUGAGCAGUGGACGUAGCUUGCCAGCUCGUCCUAUCUUGAACCAAGAUUUAUUCAUUGCUCUCCUUGUAUUUGUCCCCACCCCAGUUACAUAGCCAUGCCUGCUGUCAGUGUGCCUAUGGAAAUGCCUAAUCCUUUCCUGAAUGAGAAAGUAAAAGUUACCACCCACCUACUGUAGUCCUUGCCCCUUUCCCUUCCCUUGCAGGAACGUCUGGCAGGCAGACGAAGGGCUUUCCCUAUUGGUUCAAAGUUAACUGUUUGCCCACGAAAGAAGUUUCUCCCUGUUCUGCGUGCAGCUGAUCCCAGAGCCACAUGAACUUGGACUCUCUGCCUGUCUCCCCUCCACUCCCUGUGCCCAGCAGACAGGAUGGGGCUGGAGCUCUACCUGGACCUGCUCUCCCAGCCUUGCCGUGCCAUCUACAUCUUUGCCAAGAAAAACAACAUUUCCUUUGAGUUCAAGCAUGUGGAGCUGUUCAAAGAUUCCGUUCUGGGCAGGAGAACACCAGGAGGCAAUAACCCCGAGCAAUCUCACGCAGCACAAUCACAAAGUGCAGAGUCUGGCAAAUUGAACAUCCUGAAGAAAGUGCCAGCACUGAAAGAUGGGAGCUUCACCCUAUCAGAAAGCACUGCAAUUCUUCUGUACCUGAGCCGGAAGUACAAUACCCCUGAUCACUGGUACCCAUCUGAUAUCCAGAAGCGAGCCCUUGUUGAUGAAUAUCUGUCUUGGCAUCAUACCAACAUCCGGGCUAAUGCUCCUAAGACCAUGUGGAUCAAGCUGCUGAUUCCCCUCUUCACAGGCCAGCCAUUGCCCUCAGAGAAACUUCAGGAGGUUAUGGAGGGGCUCUCUGCUUCCCUGAAGCAGUUUGAGGAGAAGUUCCUUCAGGACAAGCUGUUUGUUGUGGGCAGUGAGAUCUCUCUGGCAGACCUGGUGGCUGUUGUGGAGCUCAUGCAGCCUGUUGGAGUGGGUUGUGACAUCUUUGAGGGCAGGCCAAGGCUGGUGGAAUGGCGCAACAGGGUGGAGGAAGCUGUGGGGAAGGAGUUGUUUCUGCAAGCUCACGAGAUGGUCCUGAAUAUCAAGGAACUGAGCAACAUCCAGAUUGAUCCGCAGCUGAAGGCACAGCUGGCACCUGUCCUAAUGAAGGUGCUGCAAUGAGUUUACCUUCUGUUACCAUUUUUAUGCAUCUUUCUUCCGUCUUGUUCCCAAUCCCCAUCUCCAACACUAUGUUUACCUGCCCUUCCUGAGGUGGAGAGCACAUUGCAGCACUUGCCACAUGGAGAGUGCAACCUUCCAUAUGCCUUUUCUGCAUUUUUAGGGCAGAAACUGGAGAAUUCUUAAGAUCUGUAUCUGUAAAGGCACAGAAAGUAUCAGUGAACUUUGCUCAACAGAUCACUGCUGAUGGGGAUUUGGGGUUUCGUUUUUAAUCCUCCCAGCCUGUAUGAGCCUCGGUGGGGAGCAGAACUGCACAGAACCUGCAUUGAAUCUGAUACAGCCCAUAAGUUAGGGGCAAAUGAGAACUGCAUAGACCAGGGCAGCUUUUCCGCUCAGGCCAGGAGGUGAAAACGCUUUACUUUUCAUCUGCUUUGUAACAUUAUCUCAUGCUUGAAGACUUUGCAGACAAUCAAUCACCAUAUUCCUGCACAGGCAAUUCAAGGAGCACAACUACAUAGAUUUGACUUAGAUGAAAAAGUCUGCUGGAUUUCUCUGUAGAAAAUUUCUUCUCUCUGGAGCACUUGCUUGGCCACAAGCAUGCCUUCCACAUCUGCCCCAAAUGCGGUACACAUGCUUCUUGUUUCUGAUGGUAUCUCUUCACAGCUGAGGAGUUUGUUCAAAUACAUCAAUAACUGUUAUUCCCUUCCGUGUAUAUUUUUUCAAUCCAACCAUUGAUCCAUGCCUUGAAAAUCUCCUGGGGGUGGAGGGAAUGGGUUCUAUUUCUUCCCAAACUGGGAAUUUUUAUUCUAAGUUUGAACCUGAAACUCAGAUCUAAUAAAAUGAUGAAAAUAGA